AAAAAGCUGUUGCGAUUCAAUUCUCUUACUGUUUAGAAAAAGCAAAUGGGAAAAUGGCAUUAUUUUAUGUGUAUAUUUUUGUGCUGAUUAUAUAUGAAGCAAGUGCUGUAGUAAACUUCAGGAUUACUAGUUUUAAAACGAAUACAUCGUCUAGUUCUAUUUUGUAUAUCGUCAAUGGAAUCACUGUCAAACUAUGUGUAGAGGAAUGUUCGUCACUUUUCGGCUGUUCCGCUGUCAACUAUAAACGGCUUUAUAAUCUAUGUGAACUUCAUUCAAGUCAGCACGAGAACCGCGUGGCUCGUCCUGGCGAAUCGUGCGUAUAUAUUAAAAGAUCAGACAUGCAUGGUGAAGAUUUGUCGACAGGUGGCUGUCAAAGUUGUGAUGAUAGGGACACUUGUGACAACAUCCAGUGCGUCCCUAAAUCAUGUGCAGCCCUUGAAGUGAAGAAUGGUGUUAUACGUGGCAAUAUGAAAGCAGUUGGUUCGCUCGUAGUAAUCGCUUGUGACAAACUUUUCAAGGACAUUUCUGGAAAAACGCAUACAGUCUGUCAGAGUAAUGGGUCGUGGACACAUUAUCCGAAUUGCACACUGGGCAAGUACUGUUUGCUGCGUUGUAUGCAAAGAAACAAGAAGUAUCUUUAA